GCGCGCGCGUGAGGAUGUGUGAUGCGUGUGUCGCCUCGCCGUGAGCCCGCUUGCUUUCAAAGAGACGCGGACCGACAUCAGGUAGGAGCUCACCUUCACUCUAUUCCGUGGAAUGUUUCGAUCGGAGGAGUCCGGUGCUGUUCGGGCUACACAUUUGGGCUAGAAACAUUUCAUCCCCCUCCUCGCCUGCAGACGACCUCUCCCGUGCUGAGCAGGCUUUUAAUGGCUCACUUCACCGUUUGCAAGCGCGCGCUGGCUUUUGAUCUUACAUCGCUCCAGUAGAAUCUCAAAGCCUCUUCACCAAAUUUGAGGACUGUCUGCUUUGACACUGACCGCUAAGAGGAAUAUAAGUGACCUACUUGUUUUCUCGGCGCAUUUUCAAGUGUAGUCCGUCGGUAGGCUAUAGGCAAAACGGAGCAUACCGUCCUCAGCAUCCUCUCUGCCCUGCACAAGAAAUGUGACAUGGUUUACUUACUUGGACUUGACCUGGAUGCUAUGUGCAUUUUGACAGCGAAAGGCUGUGGUAGCGGGCGUGCCUGGAUGCAUCUACUGAUGUGACUCGUGAUUUAAGGUUUCUUGGGUCAAGUUUGAAAGGUGUGAGGCCAUUCUACCCUCCAAGAUGGUGGCUUUGUCACUUAAAAUCUGCGUCCGUCAAUGCAACGUUGUAAAGACGAUGCAAUUUGAGCCAUCCACACCUGUGUAUGAUGCCUGCAGGAUCAUCAGGGAACGUGUCCCAGAGGCCCAGUCCGGACAAGCUUCCGAUUACGGUCUUUUCCUGUCUGACGAUGAUCCCAGGAAAGGAAUUUGGCUGGAGUCUGGAAGAACCCUGGAUUACUACAUGCUGCGAAACGGAGAUGUCUUGGAGUACAAGAAGAAGCAGAGACCGCAGAAGAUUAAAAUGCUUGAUGGCACAGUGAAGACCAUCAUGGUGGAUGACUCCAAAACUGUCGGGGAGCUUCUCGUCACCAUAUGCAGUAGAAUAGGAAUCACCAACUAUGAGGAGUACUCACUCAUUCAGGAGGUGACAGAUGAUAAGAAGGAGGAUGGGAUGGGAACACUGAAAAAAGACAGAACACUGUUAUUACGGGACGAGAGGAAAAUGGAGAAGCUCAAAGCUAAGCUGCAUACAGAUGAUGAUUUGAACUGGCUGGACCACAGCAGAACCUUCAGAGAGCAGGGAGUGGAGGAAAGUGAGACAUUGCUGCUUAGACGCAAGUUCUUCUACUCGGACCAGAAUGUGGACUCGAGGGACCCUGUCCAGCUUAACCUGCUGUAUGUCCAGGCAAGAGAUGACAUAUUGAAUGGAUCCCACCCUGUCUCCUUUGAUAAAGCCUGUGAGUUUGCAGGGAUCCAGGCUCAAAUCCAGUUUGGACCCCACGUGGAGCACAAACACAAGCCUGGAUUUCUGGACCUGAAGGAAUUCCUGCCAAAAGAAUACAUCAAGCAAAGAGGGUCGGAAAGAAAAGUAUUCCAAGAUCAUAAAAACUGUGGAGAGAUGACAGAGAUAGAAGCCAAAGUGAAAUAUGUGAAACUGGCCAGAUCAUUGCAAACAUAUGGAGUGUCCUUCUUCCUGGUAAAGGAAAAGAUGAAGGGUAAAAAUAAGUUGGUCCCACGCCUUCUGGGGAUAACCAAAGAGUCUGUGAUGCGGGUGGAUGAGAAGACUAAAGACGUGGUGCAGGAGUGGCCCCUGACUACCGUCAAAAGAUGGGCUGCCUCUCCUAAGAGCUUCACCCUGGAUUUUGGCGAGUACCAGGAGAGUUACUACUCUGUCCAGACAACAGAGGGAGAACAAAUAUCCCAGCUCAUUGCAGGAUACAUUGACAUAAUUCUCAAAAAGAAGCAGAGUAAGGAUCGCUUUGGCCUUGAAGGAGAUGAAGAGUCCACCAUGUUGGAGGAAUCUGUUUCCCCUAAGAAGUCCACAAUUUUACAGCAGCAGUUCAACCGGGUGGGUCGGGUGGAACAUGGGUCAGUAGCCCUUCCAGGUAUAAUCCGCUCAGGGUCUGCUGGCGGUCCCGACACUUUCAAUAUGGGCACCAUGCCCUCGGCCCAGCAACAGAUCACUACUGGACAGAUGCACAGAGGACACAUGCCACCUCUUAAUCUGGCCCAGCAGGCUCUGAUGGGGACAAUCAACAGCAGUAUGAAUGCUGUGCAGCAGGCCCAGGCUGACCUGGGACAUGUCGAUAAUCUGCCUCCUCUUGGCCAUGACCUGGCAUCCAGGGUUUGGGUUCAGAAUAAAGUGGAUGAAUCCAAACAUGAAAUUCACUCUCAGGUUGAUGCCAUCACUGCUGGAACCGCAUCUGUGGUCAAUCUCACAGCAGGUGAACCCACAGAAACUGACUACACAGCAGUUGGCUGUGCCAUCACCACUAUCUCGUCCAACCUGACUGAAAUGUCCAAGGGUGUCAAGUUGCUCGCUGCAUUAAUGGACGAUGAAGUGGGCAGUGGGCACAAGCUCAUGGGUGCUGCCAGAAUGCUGGCAGGAGCAGUGUCAGAUCUACUGAAAUCUGUUGAGCCUGCAGCCACUGAGUCCAGGCAGACUGUGCUAACUGCAGCAGGAAGUAUCGGACAAGCCAGCGGGGACCUGCUUCGUCACAUGGGAGAGGGCGAGACUGAUGAGAAGUUCCAGGACACCCUUAUGAACCUGGCCAAGGCAGUGGCCAAUGCAGCUGCUAUGUUGGUUCUGAAGGCCAAGAAUGUGGCCCAGGUGGCCGAGGACACCAUAUUGCAGAACCGCGUGAUUGCGGCUGCCACUCAGUGUGCCCUGUCCACCUCACAGCUGGUAGCCUGCACCAAGGUGGUGAGUCCGACGAUUAGCUCCCCUGUGUGUCAGGAGCAGCUUGUGGAGGCUGGGAAGCUGGUGGACCGCUCUGUGGAGACGUGUGUCAGAGCUUGCCGCUCAGCCAGCGACAAUGGCGAGCUUCUUAAGCAGGUCGGAGCAGCGGCUGGCGUGGUGAGCCAAGCCCUGGGCGACCUCCUGCAACACGUCCGCCACUACGCCAGCUGCGGCGAGCCCAUUGGACGCUACGAUCAGGCCACAGACACCAUCAUGAAUGUCACUGAGAACAUUUUCACUUCCAUGGGUGAUGCUGGUGAGAUGGUGCGUCAGGCCCGGGUCUUAGCCCAAGCCACUUCCGACUUGGUCAAUGCCAUGCGAUCAGAUGCAGAGGCAGAAGUUGAUGUUGACAACUCCAAGAAGCUAUUAGCUGCCGCUAAACUCCUGGCUGAUGCCACUGCUAGAAUGGUGGAGGCGGCUAAGGGGGCGGCUGCUUACCCAGAGAAUGAAGACCAGCAGCAGAGGCUCAGAGAGGCAGCUGAGGGUUUGCGUGUUGCUACUAAUGCCGCCGCUCAGAAUGCAAUAAAGAAAAAGCUGGUCAGCAGGCUGGAGAUAGCUGCUAAGCAGGCUGCGGCUGCUGCUACUCAAACAAUUGCAGCUGCGCAAAAUGCUGCGGCUUCCAACAAAAAUACAGUCUCGCACCAACAGCUUGUACAGAGCUGCAAGGCAGUGGCAGAUAGCAUUCCUCAGUUGGUUCAAGGCAUGAGGAGCAGCCAAGCCCAACCUGAAGAGCUUGGGGCCCAGCUUGCCCUCAUUAUGGCUAGCCAGAGUUUCUUACAGCCUGGAAGUAAAAUGGUGGUGUCUGUGAAGUCAGCCGUUCCGACGGUGGCUGACCAAGCUGCCGCUAUGCAACUGGGUCAGUGUGCCAAGAACCUGGCAACCUGCUUGGCAGAGCUAAGGACAGCAGCCCAGAAGGCCCAUGAAGCGUGUGGUCCUCUGGAGAUCGACUCAGCCCUCAAAACGGUUCAGACGCUCAAAUGUGAACUGCAGGAUGCCAAAAUGUCUGUUAUUGACAGCCAACUUAAACCUCUCCCUGGGGAAUCGUUGGAGAAGUGUGCUCAGGAUUUGGGAAGCACAUCCAAGGCUGUGGGCUCUUCCAUGGCCCAACUGUUGACUUGUGCCGCUCAAGGCAAUGAACAUUACACAGGUGUGGCUGCCCGAGAAACAGCACAGGCUUUAAGGACACUGGCACAGGCAGCCAGAGGUGUCGCAGCCAGCACUAAAGAGCCUCAGGCUGCAGCUGCAAUGCUGGACUCUGCCCAGUGUGUCAUGGAAGGCUCAUCAAUGUUAAUCCAUGAGGCCCAUCAGGCACUGGUACAUCCAGGCGAUGCUGAAAGUCAGCAACGACUUGCACAGGUGGCCAAAGCCGUUUCACACUCACUGAAUAAUUGUGUGAACUGCUUGCCAGGCCAGAAGGAUGUUGACAUGGCUCUUAGGAGCAUUGGAGAAGCCAGCAAGAAGCUGCUGGUGGACAUUCUUCCCCCUUGCAGUAAGACAUUCCAGGAAGCCCAGACUGAUCUGAACCAUACAGCAGCUGAGCUCAACCACUCCGCAGGCGAGGUCGUUCACUCCUCCCGUGGAACGAGCGGCCAGCUGGCUGCUGCCUCCGGGAAGUUCAGCCAAGACUUUGAUGAGUUCCUGGACGCUGGUGUCGAGAUGGCAGGACACACCCAAAGCAGGGACGAUCAGAUCCAAGUCAUUGGUAAUCUGAAGAACAUCUCAAUGGCUUCCAGUAAGCUUCUGCUGGCUGCCAAGUCUCUGUCUGUAGAUCCAGGUGCAGCCAAUGCUAAGAAUCUUCUUGCAGUUGCAGCACGAGCGGUGACAGAGAGUAUCAACCAGCUGAUCACGCUCUGUACACAGCAAGCUGCAGGACAAAGAGAGUGUGACAAUGCCUUGAGGGAGUUGGAGGCUGUCAGAGGGCUGCUUGAUAAUCCCAGUGAGCCCAUCAACGAAUUGUCCUACUUUGACUGCAUCGAGAGUGUCAUGGAAAAUUCAAAGAUCCUUGGAGAGUCGAUGGCAGGAAUCUCACAGCAUUGUAAGACAUGUGACGUGGUUGCUUUUGGGGAUUGUGUAGGUGUGGCGUCCAAGGCUCUCUGUGGACUGACAGAAGCUGCGGGACAGGCCUCCUAUCUUGUAGGCGUAUCUGAUCCCAACAGUCAAUCAGGCUAUGAGGGCCUGGUAGACCCAAUUCAGUUUGCAAGAGCCCAUCAAGCCAUACAGAUGGCUUGCCAGAGCUUAGUAGACCCAACGAGUAGUCCCUCACAGGUCUUGUCAGCAGCAACAAUUGUAGCAAAGCACACCUCAGCUUUGUGCAAUGCCUGCCGCCUUGCUUCCUCAAAGACCUCCAACCCUGUUGCUCGGAGACAGUUUGUUCAGUCAGCCAAAGAGGUGGCCAAUACGACCGCCAACUUGGUCAAGACCAUCAAGGUCAACUCCCCAACUGAACAAAACGCUUUAGAUGGAGAUUUUUCUGAAGACAACAGAAAUAAAUGUCGAGUGGCUACUACACCACUCCUUGAGGCUGUAGAAAAUUUGUCUACCUAUGCCAACAAUCCUGAUUUUGCAAGUAUACCAGCACAAAUCAGCAAUGAGGGUUCAGUCGCCCAAGAACCAAUUGUUCGAUCAGCACGCUCCAUGCUUGAUAGCUCCACUUACCUCUUGGAAACAGCACGGUCGUUGGUUCUCAACCCCAAAGAUCCACCCACUUGGUCUAUACUUGCCGGUCACUCGAGAACAGUUUCUGACUCGAUCAAGAGCCUCAUCACUUCCAUCAGGGACAAAGCACCAGGACAGAAGGAGUGUGAUUACUCCAUAGAUAGCAUCAAUAAAUGUAUCCGGGACAUUGAGCAAGCUUCUCUGGCUGCAGUUGGACAGACCCUGCCCUGCAGAGAUGAUAUCUCAAUGGAAGCACUGCAGGAACAGCUGACUUCAUCCGUGCAGGAGAUUGGGCAUCUGAUUGAUCCUGUCUCCACAGCCGCCCGGGGUGAAGCUGCCCAGCUGGGACACAAGGUGACUCAGCUGGCCAGCUACUUUGAUCCACUUAUUGUAGCAUCAGUCGGCCUGGCCUCCAAGCUGCACGACCACCAGCAGCAGAUGACCAUUCUGGACCAAACUAAGACCCUGUCAGAGUCUGCCCUGCAAAUGCUUUACGCUGCGAAGGAAGGAGGCGGUAACCCAAAGGCAUCCCACACCCACGAUGCAAUCUCCGAAGCGGCCCAGCUGAUGAAAGAGGCUGUGGACGACAUUAUGGUGACUUUGAAUGAGGCGGCGAGCGAGGGCGGCAUGGUCGGGGGCAUGGUGGAGUCUAUCGCCGAAGCCAUGGGCAGGUUGGAUGAAGGAACACCCCCUGAACCCGAGGGUUCCUUUGUGGACUACCAGACCACAAUGGUCAAGUUCUCCAAAGCCAUUGCCAUAACGGCACAGGAGAUGAUGACCAAGUCAGUGACCUGCCCCGAAGAGCUCGGCAGCCUUGCUUCUCAGGCGACCGUGGACUAUGGGCAACUUGCACACCAAGGACGCCUAGCUGCUGCCACUGCCGAACAUGAGGAGGUCGGUUUCCAGAUCAAAACACGUGUGCAAGAGCUGGGUCAUGGCUGUAUCUACUUGGUCCAGAAAGCUGGAGCCCUGCAGCUUAGCCCCACUGACAGCUUCUCCAAAAGAGAGCUCAUCGAGUGUGCCCGUGCAGUUACAGAGAAGGUGUCAUUGGUGCUGUCGGCGCUACAGGCUGGCAACAAAGGCACCCAGGCCUGUAUCACAGCAGCAAGUGCUGUUUCUGGAAUCAUCGCUGACCUGGACACGACCAUCAUGUUUGCCUCAGCGGGAACGUUGAACCCUGAGAAUGAAGAGUCAUUUGCUGACCACAGGGAGAGUAUUUUAAAGACAGCCAAGGCGCUGGUCGAAGACACAAAACUGCUGGUCGCUGGUGCUGCAUCCAGCCAAGAGAAAUUGGCCCAGGCUGCCCAGUCUUCAGCUAAGACCAUCACCCAGCUGACAGAGGUUGUCAAACUAGGGGCAACUAGCAUGGGCUCAGAAGACCCCGAAACACAGGUGGUUCUGAUCAACGCAGUGCGUGACGUGGCCAAGGCUCUGGCUGAACUCAUCAGUGCAACCAAGUGUGCCGCAGGCAAGCCUGCCGAUGACCCGUCCAUGUAUCAGCUGAAAGGAGCCGCGAAGGUCAUGGUCACCAACGUGACAUCUCUUCUAAAAACCGUGAAGGCAGUGGAGGAUGAAGCCACUCGCGGGACGAGGGCACUCGAGGCCACCAUUGAGUUCAUCAAGCAGGAGCUGACAUUGUUCCUGUCCAAGGACGUCCCGGACAAGCCCACAACACCUGAGGAGUUCAUCCGCAUGACAAAGGGCAUCACCAUGGCGACAGCCAAGGCCGUGGCAUCGGGCAACUCCACACAACAAGAGGAUGUGAUCGCCACGGCCAACUUAAGUCGCAAAGCUAUCUCUGAUAUGCUAACAGCCUGCAAGAAAGCUGCACACCACCCAGAGGUGAACGAAGACUUAAAAAACAAGGCCCUGCAGUACGGCUCUGAAUGCACCACGGGAUAUGUUAACCUUUUGGAACAAGUCCUUCAGGUGUUGCAGAGACCCACGUCCGAGCAGAAGCAUCAACUAGCUGUCCACUCAAAGCAUGUGGCAGCAUGUGUGACAGAGCUCAUCCAGACAGCUGAGGCCAUGAAAGGAUCCGAGUGUGUGGACCCCGAGGACCCCACCGUCAUCGCAGAGAGCGAGCUCCUCGGAGCAGCGGCGUCCAUUGAAGCGGCGGCCAAGAAACUAGAGCAGCUGAAGCCCAGAGCCAAACCCAAGCAGGCGGACGAGACACUGGAUUUUGAGGAGCAGAUUCUCGAAGCAGCGAAGUCCAUUGCUGCAGCGACCAGCGCUCUUGUCAAGUCUGCAUCAGCAGCUCAAAGAGAGCUGGUGGCACAGGGCAAGGUUGGAUCUAACCUAGCCAAUGCGGUGGAUGAUGGACAGUGGUCACAGGGACUCAUAUCUGCAGCCCGGAUGGUUGCUGCAGCCACAAGUAAUCUGUGUGAGGCAGCCAACGCAUCCGUUCAGGGCCAUGCCAGCGAAGAGAAGCUCAUCUGCUCAGCCAAGCAGGUGGCUGCUUCUACUGCUCAGCUGCUGGUGGCCUGCAAGGUGAAAGCAGACCACGAUUCUGAGGCCAUGAAGAGAUUACAGGCUGCCGGCAACGCGGUGAAGCGAGCCUCGGACAACCUGGUCAAGGCGGCUCAGAAAGCUGCCUUCGACAAGACAGAAGAUGACAAUGUCGUGGUGAAGACUAAAUUUGUUGGCGGUAUCGCUCAGAUCAUUGCGGCUCAGGAAGAGAUGCUGCGGAAGGAGCGUGAGUUGGAGGAAGCCCGGAAAAAGCUGGCGCAGAUCCGACAGCAGCAGUACAAGUUUUUGCCCACCGAGCUGAGGGAGGACGAGGGUUGACGCCCGGCCAAAAUGGGACGUUCUCACGCCAGCGCCACUGGCUCUUUUCUACUCUCUUGUAUACCAGAGGAUUAUACAGCACUUGAAACAGGCCUGUUUGGUAAGACAACCAAGUGCCUGUGCUUUGUCGUGUAUGUGUGCGUGUGUGUAAGUGCGUGUCAGUGACAUGCACUAAUAUUUAGAUAAAUGAUGGCAACGUUUGAGACAUUGCGAUUAAGUCUUGUGUGAAACGUUGAUUGUUGGUGUUACUGCGUCAUUAACGUAACAAUAAUGACGUGAGAAUGCAGAAAAGCUAAAAAUCUGUCAUUGUUACUGAAUGUUUUAAAGUCAGUGAGCAAAUAAUCAUAAAUAGAAUUGUGGCAGAGUAAAGCUAAGGGUCCGGAGCUUUUCGUAAUAUAUUUUAAAGGACCAAAACAAAGGCAGGAGGGGAGGGCUCACUUCACCACUGGCUUGCAUGCACCAUCAGAUCUAUACAUAUCAAUGAAGCUACUAACCAAUAGAGUAGUAGAGCGUAAUGGCACUUAUCACGUAUAAUAUAAAAAUAAAGAGCUCUUUCCGAAACACGGGAAAUGGCAAUCUUGCCAUGACAUUCUGUUGUGUACAAACUCUUAUUAAUGCUAAACAUGUUCCGACUGAGCCAAUGAAAUCUGUUUUUCGGGAUAAAAUAAUGUUUUAAAAUUACGUUUCUCUGAAUAAUCAAAAUUGUUUGAAUUUUGAAAAAAAUCCUUGGAUGUGAAUUUUGGGGCUGCCAGCAAAAUCUAAAAGAAAAUGAAUAUUUAUUCUUGACAUAUCUUAUGAGUGAGCAAGAAAGUUGUCUCUUGUGAUAAACACAAUAAUCUGCUUGUUUAUCACUCGAUCUUUAAAAAAAAAGAAAAAACUAAAAAAGAAAAAAAAAAACAGGAGAGCAACAAUUUUGUUGACUUUGUCAUUGUAAUUUUUUGCGGUCAUUAUAAUACAAGUACUCAGCAUCACAGUGAACCACUGAAAACAAAGAUGCUAUUCAACAUCUGGUUUGUUCUGAUUUUAAAAUAUAUCGUAAGGAAACGUUUUGCUAGCAUAAGUCCAUUUGGAAGUGUUAUUUAAUUUUAAAAAUGAGUAUCACUCUAAUUGACAGCUAAUGGUGCAUGUGAGACCUAAGAUGUGUAUUUUUCACCACUUAUAUUUCCAAAACAAGGGCAUUCCAUUCUACUUAUAGCAAAUAAUAUCUGCUAUCUAUCAGCAAAAUUUGUAAGGCACAAGUCAUUUCAAAGUAUUGAUUAGCAAUAUGUUAUCGUAAUUUACUAGGAAGUGCAACAAAAAAAGCGUACUAUAUUGUAUUGUAUUCAAAAUAAACUAUUUUCCAGCAAAAAAAAAAAAAAAUGAGAUGAGCAAUAUGAGCAUUGUUGAAGCCCAGUUGCAUGCACAAAUCCAUGCGGCCACAUGCUCCAAAAAAAAAAAAAAAAAACUAUAUGGCAAAUACUGUAUGCUGAAAUACUGUAUGGGUAAAUUGUUAUAUUUUGCCAUGAAAACUCUGAAUCUUGCCUUCUUUCAAUGGGCAUUUUACUCUCAUAGCAUUUCAUUUGAAGAACACAAAUGUUUUUUAAAUGAGGUGUAACUAUGAUGGCUCAUACUAUAUGCAGUAGUGCAUUAGUUUGUGUCAAACAUUUUUCAAGUUUUGUGAGAAAAAGAUUUUCUCUCGCAUCAUUAUGUACUAUAAAUGCACUACAGUAUAACAUUUAUUGGUACAUUAAAUUCGAAAAUCUUUUACAUGUUGAACGCAUGUGUUGGAGAUUAAAACGCUUUUUCUUUUUCAUGUGCUGAAUGGCAAAAUUUUCAUCUGGUUUGAUUCAAGAAUGGUUCAAGAAAGAACUGUUCAUUGAUCUUUUAGGAAUUUUUCCAUUCAGCUCAAUGAUGGAGAACCGUACCUCUUGAAAAAAGUACUGAAACAUCAGACGUUUGGACAUUAAAAAUGUUUUAGUUCGCAAAUGAAAUUACACCGGCCUAUUUUUUUUGUGAAAGGGUGGGCAUUUUAAUCAUAAGGCUCAAGUUUAACAGCUCAUUUGUCAUAUUGAAUAAUUACAUUUAUAAUAAAUACUAAGGGUGUAACGGUACAUGUAUUUGUAUUGAACCGUUUCGGUACGUAGUGGUCGGUUCGGAACAGGGGCGUACCGAACGAGUUUCUGACGUGAUGUAACCCUUUAUUUUCGAGGCUGUGAGUCGAUCGGGUUUCAGUUUCUUUGUGUAGAUUAUAUUUACUCCGUCUUCUCUACUAUAAUGAGGACCAACACGGUAGGACAGUAUAACCCAGAAACGUCAAUGGCGCGAUAACGUGGCCGCCGCGAGAACGCAGUGAAACGCGGGCGUUAAAGUCAAUCAGCCAAUGCACACCAGUCGCAGUGCGGCCACGUGUUAGACGCGUCCCAGAAGCUGUUCAACACGACGCACGCGAAAAGAACGGCAGAGUUUAUUAUUUGACGCGAGACGUGAGCCUCCUGCGUCAAUACUACUACCGGUAGCUAGGAUCGGGCAGACCGGAAGUCACUCGUGUAAAAAUACGGUGGAUCCGGUCGAUUUUCAAACUAAUAUGCAAUCGUAACUCACUUUUUGAGUCCAUCAGAUCUCUUGAGUGGUAGAUCAGGGCACAGUUGACUUGUCUUUGUUGAUUUACUGCUGUCGUCUCUGCUAUAAUGAUAACCAACACGGCCCCGUGUUCAAUACAAAACCCUCCUACCACAACAAAACAAGUAGGAACUAAUAUUCACAUAGGAACUAAAGUUAUACAACAUAAAAUAUACAAUAUAAAUAAAUACUACAUCACAUUUGUAAAAUAUAAACACAUAAUAAAAUAAAUAAUAGCCCAUUUAAAUAAAAUAAAUUGAAAUGAGCUAAACCACCUGUAAUUAAAUAAUAUGAAUAAUACACAGAUCCUGCUUACACAAUUAAAUUUAAUAAUUUCUGUGUGGCGCUUUAACUUGAGAAAAUCCACCAAUAAAGCUUUUGAAAACCGUUCAUAUGAAAAAAAAUGAUUCAUUGAGGCAUUUCAUUUGUAAAAUAUAUGUUAAAAUCUUUGUCAUUGGGAUUGCUUUUCUUUUUAGCACAGGACUUCUUUUUUCUUUCAGAAAGAAAGCUGACCAAUACGCGGCGUCUGAAAGGCAAAUUGUUGUUGGAUUACCUUUAAAUACCCGCUACUUUUUGAGCAGAAUUCAGAAUUCAUUUAUAUUUUGCAUUUUGUUUUCUUACUGUACCGAAAAUGAACAGAACCGUGACCUUAAAACCAAGGUACGUACCGAACCGAGAUUUUUGUGUACCGUUACACCCCUAUUAAAUACGGUUCAUAGCUUCUUUAAGGCACAUAACAUACAUGUUUUUCCUCAAUAAUUAAUGUAGACUCACUGUACUAAUACACUGGCUAGCUGUUGUAGGUCUUGCACUGUUAUGGGGAUUGGCUACAGGUUAUCUUGAAUGAAACGACCCUAUUGGAUGCCCUGCAAUCGCUUUAGAAAGCUUUUGUUGUUUUCAAUCUAAUAAGACAUUCCUUCACACACUGAAAAGGUAACAAACUAAAGCUCUGGUUGAAGAGCCGGGUUCAGGACAUCUUAAAUAUUGGGAAUUUCCAAGCGGGAUAUCUCCUGCGUUGUGUCUUAGUGCCUUAUUUGAGUGUGUCGUGCAAGCAGCUGAAGAUCAGUACUGGUUGGUGCUUGAGCCUUGACAACAUUUUGCCAUUCCCCGUCAAGGCUUGAGUGCAAGAGGAGUCCUUUGCCAUACGAUCCAAUGCCUUGGCUGCUGGCCUAUACCUGCCUAUAUUGCUAUCGUGGAUACCUUGAAGUUUAGAAUCUUUGAUGGAAUACUAACUGCAUUCCUUGAGCAUGUUUGUGUUUGAAGUUAUGAGAAGUUGUUUUGGGGGGAAAAAAAUCAUGACAUUUGGCUGUUCUUGUUUCCUUGUCUGUCAUCUAACCACUUUAAAUGUCUGUUUUUACCAGUAAAAAAAUUACCCUGAGCGUAGACUUCACUAUCAGUGGACGAGACAGCUCCUACAGACAUUGCGCCACAGCCUCCUGUAGGGCUAGGCAGAGCAUCAUUGAAGCUUUCACUGCGAUAAACUCAAACAGACGCUGCGUUCUAACACCGGAUUUAGGUGGAAACAGAACGUAAGUUAUAGUACAUACUAGGGCUGGGCGAUAUGGCCUUAAGUACGUAUCACGAUAAAUUGAGCAGCUGUACCUCGAUAGCGAUAAAUGACGAUAAAUACGCCCAAGCAGACUGUUAUAUAAUUUGAAAAUUUGAAUCAAUGCAUGGAAUACAAAUUAACUGUUUCUCGUUAAAUUUAUUUACCAGCUUUCAAUUUAACAAUUGCACAUGCAGUCUAAACAUUAAGUAUUAAAAAAAAAUCUUGUAAACAAUAAGAAUUCUAGUGUGAACAUUUAUAACAGCUUGUGUGACUUGAAAAAUGUACAACAUUAUAAAAAAACAAUAUGACAUCUGUGCAAACAUGUUAUUCUAACACAAAUGACUUGCAGCUUUAACAGUACACUUCAGACAACUUGUUGGUAAUGGCUGCUGUGACAUAAUUAUUCAACACAAGUGUUUACGUCAAGUUUUCAGGUUUUUUUUUUUUCCCGAAACAUUUUUUAAUACAUGCACCCCUCCCACACACACACACACACACAACCAGAUUAAAGCUGUAUUGCUCUGAUGCCAUUGAAAUAUUUAAGGUUUUAUGAUGGUAGAAUAAAGCAAACACAUACAGAAAAAUAGCUGUGGCCAUUAAACUGUCAAAUUAUAUAUAGGCUUCACUGUUGGAUUAUACUUUAUGCUGAGUGCUUUACCGUCAUGAAAGCUUUCAGAGAAAUCACACAGAUGCCAAAUAACGCGACGACAUAAUGAUUGCUACAUGAAGUCCGUGUCCAGUCCACUCAUUAAUUUCAGCCGUUUCGACAAGGUUAGAGCCGCUAUCCGACUCUUUCACAUUCAUUUGUAGCCGCUGUUAGCCGCUAGCGUUAGCCUGUGGCUUGGCUACCUGAAGAAAGCACUGAAAGCAUCCUCUCCUGAAAUCGCGAGAACCAGGGAGGACAGCGGGUGAAAGCCCGUCUGGAACCCGCCAAGAGUUUACAUAAUGUCGGGUGAAAGUUUGGCGAAGCUAACUUAAGCCCGACUCGAUCCCGUUUACUUGUAGCGUUAGCCGCUGACGUUAGCCUACCGGGCUUCUGUUUGUUUGGCUUCCUGAAAACCACGUGACUCCCUACGUAAGCACACUGUCUGCUUUCUUAAAGGGGAAUGAACAUAGCCGAACAACACAGAGUCAAAGUGGGAUGAAAAGACUAUAUUUUCUUGUUUUAAUAAAUUACCGAAUUUCCCGACAUGGUCAAAAUUACGUCGGUCAUCGUGAAGAAUUUCGGUGACGGUAAAUUUUCGGUUUACCGCCCUGCUCUAGUACAUACAAGCAGGCAGGAGUGCUUCAAGACUAAUUUGGUCGAGGAUUCAAGGUAAUUAUUAUAUAAAAUAGCAUCAUGCAUAAACUUUGAAACAUUGGAAAUGACUAGAAAAAAGGUAACCUUAGCUUUAAAUAUUUACGUAAAAUGAAUGAUAACUGCUUGGUUUUUUGCUUUUAACCAAGAAACUAGACUGUUUUUAGAAAUUCCAGGAUUUACGCAUUUAUUCACAAGAAUUUUCAACUUAAAAAGCUCUUUGUUUUGUGAUGGCCGCCAUGUUGCAGUUUGUAUCAAUACACAAUAAUGUGACUUUACGUUCAAAUAAUCGGGUAAUUUUCAUCCAACUGCCCGUUUUUUGGUAAAAAAAAAAAAAAAACUAGUAAUUUAGACAUUUCUGCGUCCAUACAAAAAAAAUCGCCUUUUACGUGUUUUAUUUAUGUAACAUUUAAAUCUAAAAACGACGAGGGCCAGAUAGCCAACAUCGGAAUUCAAUCUAAAUAAGUUGUGAUUGUAUACAUUGUAUAGAAAAAUGCAAUUUUUGCUUUAGUUGACUAAAAUUAAGAUGAUUCUGCAUGCUUUCCUCAAGUAUUAAGUUUCUGAUAUGAAAAUUGAGUGAUUUAUUAGCUGUUGAAAUCUAAUGUCAUAAUUGCACUAAAUUUAAAAAAAAAAAAUAGGGCACCAUUUCAAGCAAAAACAUUUAUGAUCAAAUCUGAGAAUUUUAUAACCACUUUAAGUUUUGUUAUACUUUUGUAAAAAAUAAUUCAUCGGGAUUUUAUUAGGGAACAAUUUUGGAUUGUUUUAUACCGCUGCUCAUGGAGAGUCAUACAGUAUAUGCCAAAGGGAGGUGCUUGUUUUGGUUUUAGGUUGCUAGCAGCUUUGGUUUUGAAAAUAUUUUAAUUUUAGGUUUUUGAAAAUAGGUCCCCUACGGAACUGCCCGGCGCCCUAUUUCCUGUCAACUGAUAGUGAAGUCUAUGCUCUGAGAUACAGUGCUUUGCAACGGUCUGUGGUCAACACUAGCUUUGUUGUUUUAAGGUUUCAUUGUUUGGAAAUAGUAAUAGCGUUAACAUGACAGAGACACAAACACUAGUUUUUUUUUUUUUUCUAAACAAGAUUAGUUCAAGGUUUGCGAGUUGUUGUUUUUUUUGUUUUGUUUUUUAAAUAUUUCCUAAUUGAUUGAUUUCUUGUUUUUGUAUUCUCCCCCUAAUUGAGUCCAAAUUCCAUUCCUGAAAACAUUGUCUACUAAAACAACAAAUCUAAUGAUGGCCCAGUGUUUUGCCCAACACUGUGUGUGUAUUGUCUGAAUGAUUUGUGCAAAUAUCCAAGCAUAUGUUGGAGAAGGGUGUCGACGUUUUGAAUUGAUGUUGUGCUAAACCGCGUUUAGUUUGAUGACUUGAUGCUCUAUGUAUAAUAUUUAUCUGGUCACAAAAGUAUUUUUUGUAUUCAUCACAAAAUAAAAACUAAAAUCAUAAACCUAUUGUCUUUUUUGUCCCUUUAGAUAACUUUCUAAAUUCUUUCCAGCAGGUGUCAGCAUUGCUCUGUGAAGUUGUGCUUGUAAAAAGUCCUUCAAGUGCAAAGAUUGAAAAGUCAGUCCAAAUAUGGACAUAGUGAUUUUUUUUCCCCCCCAACGUCUGCCAGAUUUUAAUAAUGCACAUAUCCUCAUAUUGAUGUUUAACCAAGGAAUGACUUCAUAAUGUUACAGUCACGCCACUUAAACAUGCUGUCAUGAAUAAUGACAAGUCUUCUUGCGUACCUAUCCUUAUUGGGAUGCUACGCCAGUGUCAGGCACGUGGGAAGGUGCAAGGCAAGUAAAGGAUGUUCAGUGGAGUUCCAACGUGUACUGGGACAUCCCUGUGGACACCAUAUUUGGUUGUUUGCACUCAUCCAAGGCUAAGCAGCAGACACAGAAGAGAGGAGAGACUUUCAUCAAGAUUAUGUGCCAACAUAACCUUUGAAGAGAGAGAGUGAUGAUAUUCAGAAAAAAACGCAGGGCACAUCUAGACAACUAUUUGCACUCGUAUUCACACCUAUAGACAAUGUGAGUCUUCAGUGAAACUACCACGCAUGGUUUAGGAUCAUUGAAGGAAGCCGGAGUACUCGGAGACUCCAUGCAUGAAGGCCAAAGUGGGGAUUUGAGCCUCGUAUCUGUAAGGCAGACGUGUUAACCACAAGCUGCCGCGCUGCCUACUUUUCACAUUUAAUCCCACUGAAUUCUUGUGUGAAGAUACUUGUCCUGCGGCAAGCCAAGGAAUUUUCCAGAUGACAAGUAGCACUUGGCUUUUCAAGCUGUUUUGUCCCGGAAGUCAUUACAACCCUGAAACAUGUAGCAUGCAGAGAGAGUUUAAAAACUGCUUAGAUUUUAAGAUAGUGAAGGCAUAUUGAGAACUGUCUUGCUUCCAUUGACUGUGAUAGACGGGUGAUCGCUGCCAGCCCUACCAGUAAAAAUGGACAUGAUUCUAAGAUAAACCAAAUAUUAAUCAGCUGAUGGAGCUUUUUAGCGCUUGUGUCCGAUACAUGACUAUUUUAAGUCAUCAGCACUGUGUUGGUCACAUACUGUACUGGAGCUCCUCUGCUUUAUUUGCAUAGUAAAAGGGAAGUGCUUUGAUUUAGGAGGUUGCUGUAACAUGCCUCUCAGUGUUUCCUAUCAGAUAUUAUUUCAAGUGUCAAAUUGCAGGAAGUGUUUCUAACAUUCCUGGCCUUUCAUGUGACGUCAGUCUCAUGGUGAAUUUGCCAAUUUCUGCCAGAUAAGUAGGCGGAACUUCGUGUAGAGUUGGCGGUGGUUCGUCAUCUGCUGUGUGUGCGCGGUAUGCUUCCUUAGCCAACAUGUAAGCAAGGAUGCAACAUAUUUCUCCGUCAGCAAUGACAGCAGGGCUAUAUUGGGAUAGGGCUGAGACUUCAACUUCCCCAAGCUAAAUUUGGACAAGUAACAGUGAGAAUAUCAUAGCAAUUUCAUUUGACAGCCACUAAUCAUGGUUGUGUAGGAUUCCUUGUGAUUUCUUUUUUUUUUUUAAUGUUCUGUUUGUCACAAAUUAGCGCUGAAUAAUGGCGAGUAAACCCUAGGGUACCCUUAGUGCCGAAUGGGAUUGAUCUGUAACUCCUUCUGGGAUUGAAAUCGCAGCGCGUUGAAACGCAAUACUUUGGCCAUCUGAACAUUCUUAAGGCUUAAUUUGGAAACUUUGCUUCAAGCUUGUUAGAUGACCGACAGUCUGUGGGCUCCACUCCCCUUUUAGAGCUGAACAAACAGUCGGUCCACAGGUGGAAGUGCUGAUACUGUGUGAGUAGAGAGUCUUCACUUAACUGUGACAUCCCCAACAAAUGGCAUUUAACCCCUUUAUGGAGGCACCAUAACCUCAGUACUCGGUAUUCAUUUAAAAAAUUCAUUGUUUUUUUAUUAUUCCCAAAAUUAUGAUGCACUUAACAUAAAUAUUAAGGCUGGGCAGGUUAACAUGUUAACUCUUGAGUUACCUCAGUACUACAUAAAGGGAGUUUAUUGUUGUAAUCGCGCAUAAAUAACAAUGCCACUUAGGAAUAAAUUAACCCUUUCAAAGUCAUUUUAAUGCAUCCAUCUAUCUGACUUCAAUCAAGUGUGAUUUUUCUGCUUCCUCGAUUAUUGUUUUGAAGCAGAACAGAAAAUCAACCACCACAAAGUUAGUAAAGAUAAUACUCUUCAAAUAUGUUUUUCCAUAUUUAUCAUGUCUUCUUUCUUACUGAUAUGGUAUGUUCCAUCUGCUCUUUUGUUUCCAAGCUGACAGAUUGUUCACUGUCUGGGCCCUACGUUUUACUUUUCCACGGCCACGCCAGCCGAUCAAACGUGACUGCAGACAGGCUUCAGUGUAAGAAUGCAGGUGGAGCGGAGAUGUAGGCAUUCCUAAAUGUGGCCAAACCACCAUGGCCCACUCGCUGUUGAAAUGAAACCACAGUGGAAUGUCUCCAUCGCUGUUGUUUCCCACGCAACAAGUUAAGGCUGUGUUUGAUGUAAGUUGGUCAUUUUUGUGGGCAUGUCCACUUUCUUCUAUGAAUAAGGAAAGCCUCACUGACUAAUAAGGAAAGCCUCACUGACUAAAACUGGGCUUUAAUGGAUUUAAAUUAUUUACUGUUGUAUGAUAAUGCUUCAGUGCCACUGACUGCGAUAGAUGCCCAAUCCAUGUUUUUAUUUUUCUUGAAAUCAUUAGUUUUAUUUGAGUUGUAAUUACCGUAACAUUAGUUUUUCAUACCGUGACUAAUUUCUCAGAUAGAGGAUUCAAAAAGAAUGAAAUAAUAAAACAACAAAAGUUAACAUUUUAAGAAGAGCUAUUCAGUCAUUUUGAACAACCAACCUUAACAGUACAUUAUGCUUUGCUCCUGGUGCUGCAUCACCUGUAGGUACUGUAGAUGAGGAGACAGUGUAAAGCGCUUUGAGGGCCUUAAAAGGUGGAAAGGCACUAUACAAGUGUAACAGCAUUUACCAUUUGAACUACCCAUAGUGUAAAAUGUGCUUAAUCCAAACGCUGCUUCUAGACACAAUGUACAGGAGUGUCUGUGUAAUUUUUAAUAUAUUUUUUGAGUUGUCCGAUGAAGACCUUUUUUAACCGAUACCUAGAUAUUGUCCAACUCCAAAAAUCCGACACCGAUAUCAAACCGAUACCAAUAUAUGCAGUCGUGGACUUAACAUAUUCAUUAGUAUUCAAUCAUUAAUCGUCAUUCAAUUUUUUGCACCAUAAAUGCAAAUGGUCUGCUCACAUAACAUAUCGUAAGCAUCUUAGUUGGAUACAUCUAAUGGUCAAUAAGCAUAACUGCUGUGCUAAGCUGUGACCAGUCAUUGUACAAAAGCAGAAGGCUUCAACAUACAUGCUAAAGAUGUGAUCGGGUCCGAUCACGUCAUUUUCAAAGUAUCGGAAUCGGCAAAAAAAUAUCGGACAUGCCUUUUAAAAAAAAUUUUUUUUUUUUUUUUUAAUUAAAUCGUUUUCUAAUUGUAUUUAACAUUACAGACAAAAUGUCUUACACUCAUCCAGAGUCUUUAGUUUUGGCUUAAAG